UGCCGAAUAGGAUGCCCGAUAAGUGCCCAAAAAGCGUUGCAAUAUGGCCGUGAGUGGAGGGACUUGCCUAAAAGGACUUUGAUAUUACAUCUAUACUCAAGCUGUGAUUGUUAUAGCUGAUGAUGCACCGGAAAAUUUUUGACACAGUGCAACUAAUAGCAGCAGACAACUAGCAACUUUGUUAGCAAAACCACCGCUAUUUAGCUAAAUCCCAUUCAAUCUCAAUGGAGUAAUGGCAGCUAACAGUUUACUGGAAAAAACGAUGUGUUCUUAACAAAAUAGAUAUUAGUUGUUUUUUUUAAGCAUUUGAUGAAGUAAAAUGUCCAUUUUGGGUUUCAACAUAAACACUUAGCGGAGUAAAAACAUAUACAAAGCUUCUCUUUUCCCCUCACUUCUCUAUCGUGACCUUGGUCUUUAUUGACAAUUUCAGAAGCUCACUGAUGGUUGGUCAUGUGAUUCAUUGCUAGCAUUCUGAUUGGAUGGUCUCUUUGCCCAUAAGUAUCCAAAUCGUUCAGAUAGAAAUUACGUAAUUACGUUGCCCAAUCUGUGUCGCUCAGCAACAGCCCAUAUUGUUGUCCCAUGAUUAAUCAUAGAUAGAAAAAAUUUCAAUAAUAAACAGAAUAAAUUGAAACGAUCUAAAAAUUACCCAUGUUACAGAUAAUGUACAUGUUAACAUGUGUAGGGGUGUGUGUAUGUAUGUGUGUGUGUGUCUGACACUUAGUUCCAAAUAUCAGGCCUAUUGGGUUUUUUUUUUUGGGGGGGUGGGUCCAUGCUCAGUGUCUCUCUCAGCCAAGGGGUCCUUGGGCUGAAAAAGGUUAAAGACCCCUGGCCUAAAUCAUGUAAAUCAUGUCAAUGGCUACAUGACCCCAAAGCUGCGAUGUCAUGGACUACUGCCAGGUAGCCUGUGCCAGAGAGGGUUAAAGCGGAGCUAGUAAUCAAGGAUCUUUGCCUGUGCAUUCUAAAAUGUUUUCAUAGCACAUUGGGUAGGCUAAUCAUUGGAUUUAGGUCAUUGCUAUGCAUCUGCUAAAAUGUAUUGUCAUGUCAGUUAUCUCGCCAAUACAACAUACAAAUAAUGCCCCAUAGGCAGUGCUCAAUCCGAGGGGCGGGAUAAACGAUUGUCUUCUUUGACACGCAAUAGGAUAGCGUUACAACCAAUCAGAGCAACGAAGAUGGUGACGUAGUCAGAGCGACGGAAAAGAGUGUUCCCGCAUUGUGCGUUGUUGUGAAAAAGUCUGAUGGAGAGAUUCGUGUAAGCCAACAAAUCAUAUAGGCUACAGUCUGUCUAUGCGGUUAUGAUAAUGGAGCACAACGACUAUUGCCGUUUUUGCGAAAAGAACUUGAGAAUUGAUGGCGUGCUUGUAAAUUCAUCAAACAUCUUCGAAAAACAGAGGAAACCCCAAAGCAUUGCCGAGAGACUACGGUAUAUUGGAGUGGCGGUAGUUAAAACACCAGGAAAGUCAAAAAGAACUUGUCAGCGGUGUCUCACCAUUUUAUCGAGACUUGAACGUGACUUGCCGGUGUACUGGAGAUGGGUGGAGGAUGAAAAGAACGAGGAAGCCUCCGCAGUAGAAACCAUGCAAGGUCAUUCUGAUAAACGAGACCGUGAGCCUACUCCGUCGAAGACACCCAGGGCCUUGAAAAAGUUCUGCCAUAACCCUGUUAGUCUUGGAAGAGGUAAUAUUCGACGCAGCAUCACCAAGCGUUUCAACAAUGGGACACCUACAGCAGAUCAUCACAGCCCUGUCAGUUGUGUUCAAAUACCUGCCCAAACAAAGGGAGAUCUACAAGACUGUCAAAAGCCCCCAGAAAAACGCAAAAUGUCUGAUGCUGAAUUUCUCAUGGAGUGUGUAGAGGAGGAAUUGGAACCAUGGCAACAGAUACACACGAACGAAAAGCCUGGAGGGGUUGGGUCUUUGAAGAGGAUCAGAACUGCAAAGCGAGUUACUAGAAAGCCUGCAGUGGUGACUCGUGUCCUUGCUCCUGCCCCUGCCCCAGCCCCUGCUCCUGCCUCCGCCCCUGCCCCUGCCCCUGUCCCUGCCUCUGCCCCAGCCCCUGCUCCUGCUCCAGUGUCAUCCACUCACGUGGUGCUAUCAGGCCAGGCUUUAUCUGGCAACACAGGCAGCAGCAAAGACACGACGGUGCCCCUGCUCACCAACACACGUGAGUACCUGUGGCACUUUUCAGGUCUGCUGAGACAUACCCUUACUUUACUAGUGUGCACAGUGUGUCAUGUUUACUUUGGACAACAGCAGUCCUGACAAAGAUAUGAAUGUCCCUUUUCCAAAUGUCAAGGUGUACACCUAUAGCCUCUAUAGCUUUAGCUCUAACUGGCAGAAUGAGGCACAUAACCUAUAUGACCUUUAGUUUCCUAAAUUUCCAUUGGGAUUAAUAAAGUACCUACCUACACACUUUCACCUACCUAACUAACUACCAACCAACCUACCUAUCCGUUUCCAAAAAGUUGGGACGCUGUGUAAAAUGUAAAAAAAUAAAAUAUAUAAUAAUCUGCAAAUCUUGUAAACCCAUAUUUAGUUACAAAGGACAAAGACAACAUAUUAAAUGUUGAAACUGACAAAUUUGACUAUUUCAUGGAAAAUAUAAGCUCAUUUUGAGUU